CGAUAUUUGCUCUUUUGUUUAUCUUUUUUAUUCUUUUUUUUUUUUUAUUGAGUUUCUCUUUUGGUGCUUUGUCUGCGUUCAUUCAUUUUUUUUCUGAUUCAUCUUUUUUUGUUUCUUCUCCUUGUGCUUUGACUCUUUCUUUGGUUUCGACGCUGUGCUUGUCCUAGUGCACAAACAAACAAAAAUGACAAUCACCGCUCGAGUGCUUUUCUGCUUGGCCGGGUUGCUCUGCCUGCUUGGACUUGCGCAGGGUGCAAGCCAACCGCUCGUCCUGGAGUCCGGCUAUGUUCGCACCGACUUGUCGUGGAACUCUCGGCUUUUCGUCACUCAAGCUCAGAAAACAAACGGAAUGCCCUUGUUCACCUACGGUCAAAUCUUUGACUGGCCGCUGGCUGCCGACACCUUGGAGCAGUACGACUUUACCACCGGCGCCUGGUCAUCGACCCUCAUCCCGGGAGGCGCCCGUUGGGGUGCAUGCACCGGAAAAUUCGGCAACAAGCACUUCUUCUACGGCGGCGAGCGCAUGAAUAGCAACUGGUACAUUGAGAUGGACGACAGUUUAAGAGUGUACGACGAAGACACUGGGUUGUGGUCAAACCCGGUCUUCUCGCUUGGGUUCAACAUUAGCCGCGCGGCGUGCGCAAGCGCGGAUGGCAUCCUGUACAUGGCGAGUGGCAUUAGCGAGCUCGACACGAAUCUGCUGCCUGAUCUGUACGUGAUCAAUCUCGAAACGCUGACAUGGCGCAAUGUGAGCCUGCCCCAUGCCCACGUUCAGGGCGCUGCGGCAGUGGUCGCGGGCAAGCUGGUGGUUGCUGGUGGGACAUCUAAUGCUCUCGGCGAUUCUUCGCCCAUGGUCGAUGUGCUUGACCUUGCGACCGAGACUUGGACGAGCAAGCUCAUGCCACUGUCCACCAACAAUAUGACGGGUGGCUACCUGAAUCUGCUUGCGCAGGUUUACGGCGACAAAGUGUUCCUCGGCUGCGGCGCCCACGCGACUGGGCCGUUAGGAAUGGAACUGUUCGUGUAUGAUGGAGCUACCGACAGCGUGUCGGUCAUCCAUCUUGAUCACCUUCGGAGCUACUGCUCAUUUGUCAUCGUUGAAGAUCGCUACCUGGUGCUGUACGGCGGAUCCAACCACGACAUGAGCGCGACGGAGACGACCAUGGCCGCAGUCGAUCUGGAGACGUACGAGGUGACCACCAUCCAGAAUCCAGGAGGUCGAAGCAGUAGCGCCGCCCCAGCUUUGGCGACUUGGACCAACCCCGCCAACGGCUCAACGUCUGUUUUGGUGCUGCAAGGUCAGGUUGAGAACGCCAUGUCCCCUGUCGUGGAAGUGCUCCAGUUUGCUCCAUAUGUGACGUCCGUCACUGGCAUUUCGCACAUUCACGGAGGCCGCGCUGGUGGCCUUGUGGUCUCGUUGAAAGGCAAUCGGCUCUUCGGCCCCAACUAUGACUCUGCGUCCACACUCACUGUCAAGCUGAACGGCGUCCCGGCCGAAGUGCUGAGCUUUAGCAUCACCCACAUUGACUUUAAGACGGCCGCGUGCACCACGUCGAGCUGCGUCGGCCUUGGCAAUAUUGAGGUUCGCGCGGACGGUCGCUUGGUCCGCUUCCGCUCGCUGGAAACCUCGAGCGUGCCUGUGCAACUCGUGGAGCCCCUGCUUGGCCAGCUGCCUUGGUACUACUCGGACGUGGACGGCGAUUCCUUGUCGUUUGAUCACUCGGGCGCCCUGGCCGAGGGCUCGACUGUCGGCAAUCUCGCCAGCGAUGGAUUCUUUGCCUUGCAUCUUGCCAGCUUGCUGCCUGCCAGCUGGUCUUCCCUCGUGGGCACAGCAACAUGGACAAUUUAUGGCCACGAUGGUGGCGCUGCGUUGUACGAUUCGCUGUCCAAUGGCGAUCGUGAUGCAACCAAGCCGAUUCCGUCUGGCGGUGCCGCCGUGUUGUCACAGUGGCACGGCAUUGUCCAUCUCGAGGCCACCCCCGCGACCAGCGACACGACCCACUACGUGCUCUUCUCUGUGGUGGUCCCGUCCGAUCCCGACAACGUCUUCCACGGAGCAGUGUCCAUUCGCCAGUACAGCCAGGCAUCUUGCCCAGACCUGCAACGCCUCGGCCCCGGUGCGACGCCGUCCACCCCGUACGACACUGACUUUGCCGUUUCGUACGAUGUCGCCACCGACACGUUCCACUUUGAGCUCGCGCUUCCGUACAUUUCGGACGGCUAUUCCUUUGUCGCCGACUUGGCCGAGUUCAACCCCCAUACGAGUGACGCAGGCUCCAUUCGGUCGCAGACCAAGUGCGCUCAUCGCCGUGUCACUGCGGGCAACGGCGUUCCGUACGAGCUGCUUUUCACAUCGCAGCCUACCGCUGAUUUCGGUGGCUCCGAGUUCCCGGCGCUCAACAACGAUGCCUGGUUUUACCCGUACGAGUCGGCCGCCACUGCCGCUGACGGCUUUUCUGGCAGCUGGACGCUGAGCGCGUCCUCCUGCUCGCGCAUCCAGCUCUCCGCAACGUUUACAUCGAGUGAGCUCUCGAGCUGUCGCGAGGCGGACGGCGAAACGCAAGCGCUUUCUGUCGGUCACGAGGCUUCGGAUGACAUUGCCGGGGCGUCGGAUCUUGUCUACUCUGGUGUCAUCCAUGUCGUGUACUUCCGCCCGGUCGACCGCCACAACCCGGAGAGCAGUCUGUUUACCACCUCCACCGCUCGCUACCCUUUCAGCUUCCGCUUUGCCAGUGACCUGUCGGGCGUUCACGGCGAUCUCUCGACGCAGCAGACCUUCUCUGUGGGCACCGAGUCCAACACACUCGACGAAGCCGGCCUCCUGUCCGUGCGCUUGCACACAACGUACAACCCGACUGCUGCUCUCUCGAGCACGAUGGCCAACCGCUAUGUUGUUGUUUCCAACCCCGUCUCUGCCGUCUUUGCAGGUUCGAGCGCAACCAUCACCUGCACGGAGGACGAGUCUGCGCGCGGGGGCCUUGCGUGCUCGAAUUCAUCCGUCACCUCCGAGGCUUGCGACCAGUUCUUUGACUGCACGUCGACCGGCGUUUGGAAUGGAACCACCGACAAUGGCAUGUACCGCUUUGUGUUUGAGAACGAGCUUGCGCGCGAGGUCAUGGCGGACAUUUCUCUCAACCACAACAUUGUGCGCCGCGCCACUGUCGAUGGCGCUGCUGUUGGCGACUUUUCACUCGUGGUCCGCACCUUUGCCUCUGCCGAGGCCUUCAACGAAGGCAGCAACGACGUUGGUGCGUUUGAAGCCGGCGAUUUCGUCUACCUCCGCACAGAUGUGGUCGUGCCCAUCAAUGGCAGCUUCCGAAACCUGGAGAUGGACUAUGUUGCCGUCUACGUGUGCGCGCCGCCACCCUUCUUUGUCAUUUCACUGGAAGAGGGCCACCAUGGCUGUCUCGAUACCGCCAUCUCGUCCUUGUACCGCGGCCUUGUGUAUGGCUCUGCUCCUGCCGGUGCUCCGCUGGCCCAGCUGUCCAUGUCCGCCGCCCAUCCCGAGGUUUUGGCCCCGAGUGGUGGUGCCGCGGCGUCCUUGACUGGAAGCCUUGGUUUGCGCUUCAACGCCAGUCCGCUCGCUGCUUCUGCGACCACUUGGUACGUGCAUGUGAUUGGCAGCGUGUCGAGCGUCAUUGGCCACGGUGGCAGCAGCCAGCAGCGUCGCAAUGUGCAGUUUAUUGCCAGCGGCUCGGACAAGACGCACCGCAAGGCUGCUCCUGGCUUCCGUGCCAUGAGCAACACCCUGCAAGUCCGUGCGCAGAACGACGCUAGUGUGGCUCAGCUCACUGUCGAUCGCCAGUUUGGUGCUGGCCAGCUGCGCGAGUCCAGCGCCCAAUACAUGUACAGCACCAUGGCCAUUGUGUCUGUGUCAUCGGCCUUCAUUGUUCUUGUGAUGGUUCUCGGCGUCCAAAGCAUUGCCUUCCGUCUGCGUCGCGUCGAGUCUCCCAAGCAGCACACUUUGGUGUCUGACGUCUAAAAAGCAAUGCAUUGCCUUUUGCUUUUGCGUCUUUGUGGGUGUCGUUUGUCGAUGUGUGCAGUUGUUUUUCUAUCCUGAAGGUGACUAACACGUUUUACGCAUACAUCUCGUUUGCGGUUGAUCUGCCAAAGCGGAAAGGGGGGCUUGGUUCCCCUCCUCCUUCUUUGUAUGUUGACGAUGCGAUAAUGUGCUUAGCCUGUUUGUAAAAAGCUGUUGUGUGUGUGUGUGUCCUCUUCGUUUCGCAACUCUUUGUAAAAACCCCGUUUUUUAAACCAA